GCGAUUAUUGGCAAAAGGAUUCUGUGGAUUUUUUGAACCUGGUAUGAGUGACUACGGGAAGCAGUCUCACUGAUGGAACAGAACACCAAAGGAGGUCACGAGUCUCUGAAGUGGAGGGUAUCCUACUCGGUUUUAACAUCCACAUUUCCAGUGUACGGUUUUCCAAAGUGUCCUGCAGUUUUCUACCAGCUGACUCACAGGGCAAACCAUGAACCAGUCACAAGUGAUUGACUGGCGGGCAUUGAACGACAGUGGAUUGUUAUGGAAUGCAUCUGACUAUCACCUCUGCCCGUUGGGUAUCGGACACUACAACUCAGUGGACAUAUGCAUACUGGAAACAACCGUUAUUGUGCUGCUAACCUUUUUAAUAAUUACUGGUAAUCUGACGGUCAUCUUUGUUUUUCACUGUGCACCCCUACUUCACCAUUACACUACCAGUUACUUCAUCCAGACCAUGGCGUAUGCAGACUUGUUGGUGGGAGUGAGUUGUUUAGUUCCCACCCUAUCACUCCUCCAUUAUUCAACGGGAGUUCAUGAAUCAUUGACAUGUCAAGUUUUUGGAUACAUCAUUUCUGUCCUGAAAAGUGUUUCCAUGGCUUGUCUAGCCUUUAUCAGUGUGGACCGCUUUCUGGCAAUCACCAAACCCCUCUCCUACAACCAGCUAGUAACUCCGUGUAGAUUGCGUCUCUGCAUUGUCCUCAUUUGGAUCUAUUCGUGUCUGAUCUUCCUGCCAUCGUUUUUUGGUUGGGGUAAACCUGGCUAUCAUGGGGACAUCUUUCAGUGGUGUGCUGUUGAGUGGCAUACCAGUGCCUACUUUACUGGCUUCAUUGUGUGCCUGCUUUAUGCUCCAGCGGCGCUGGUUAUUUGUUUCACGUACUUUCACAUCUUCCGCAUCUGUCGGCAGCACACCAAAGAAAUUAGUGAUCGGCGAGCGCGCUUUCCUAGCCAUGAAACUGAAUCGGCUGGUGAAGCAGGACCAGGCCACAGCCCUGAUCGACGCUACGCCAUGGUUUUAUUCCGCAUCACCAGUGUUUUCUACGUGCUAUGGCUCCCGUACAUCAUUUAUUUUCUGCUGGAAAGUUGGCGUGCACUGGAAAACCCUACGCUGUCCUUCCUCACCACGUGGUUGGCUAUAAGCAAUAGUUUCUGCAACUGUGUCAUAUACAGCUUAUCCAACAGCGUUUUCCGCCUUGGCCUAAGGAGACUGUCUGAAACCAUAUGUUCUCCAUGUUUGUGUUCUAAAGACAAGCAUGAGCGGGACCCUAAACCCCGGAAACGUGCAAACUCCUGCUCGAUUUAAACACAGCAGAGAAACCGCCAAGCGUUACGGCCAUAUCUGCACAGGCCCCCGAUGCUGCUUUCUCUACAAAAGGUUUUCUUAAAACACCUCAUUUUGACUAUGAGAUUGAAUUUGUAAGAAAGACGGAAUCUAUAAACUUUGAUGAAAAGGAAGGUACAGUGGGCACGGGAUUGUGCGCGCCCCGGUUGGAAAUGAGUCAUUCAACUGAAAGGGGCAGAAUAUAUGAAAGAUGUGUUAGUUUAUGAUUAUCCAAUUAAUGUGUGUUGGUUUUUUUUCUGCCAAAAUAUCAUAUAUCGCAUAAAAAGGUCAUUCCCUGCAGCCACAGCUAAUUCGACUCAUUUCCUCUCAGUUGCGUGGAAUCCACACCGUUGUCCUUAGCAAAGCUUCUGUUAUUAAUUAGGAAACUGCUAUGUAACAACAAGCUAGAAAAAAAACUAUUUGAGAUAAUGUGAAGAUGACCAAAUUCCUGUUUCUAGGAAAAUUCUAUUUUAGUCUUGUAUUCCAUGUGAGUUUUAUAGGUGAGUAUUAUCGGAUGCCAGUGUCUGUAAGGUGAAGACGAUCGGUGCAUUCGCCUACACCAGUGUUAAUAAUAAAAAAAAGAGGGCCAAAUAUAGAUGACUGCAUUUGCUGGGGAGCCAGACCUUAUAUACUUUAUUAUAUAAUAGUCUGGGACCUAUAGGAUUUCCAGGUUGACUGGGGACCAAAAUAGAUCCUGAUAGUUGAACGACGUCGGCUUACAAGCUAAAAUGUGAGUGUUAUGUGACUGUUCAAAAGAUUCCAAGGUGUUAAUUAAGAAUUGUGCAACACUAUGUGUGUUGUCUCAUAUGAAAAUAUAUAUACAUUAAAAAAUAAUAUAUGUAUAUCAUUGGAGACAUUUGACAUUAUUUAUAAAAGAA